AUGCUUCACUGUCGGCACCUUGGCUUUGAGGACAGGACUCCAGAACGCUGUGAUCCUUUCCUCCCACACCUCUCAGUUGUUGAUGUUGUCCUGGCAAACACAACAGCAGCACAUUCAAAGUACCUGCAUGGGUCCAUGGAUAUGCUGAGGCACUGCCUGCUCUUGGGGCUCUGGCCUGGCGUGCGCUCCACUAGGAACGCGACUGCGCGUGGAACUCGCCCAGUAGAAAAGAUGUCUCCUUCUCGCAAGCCGAGGAUGUACCGAAGCAUAGAGGGUUGCUGUAUUUGCAGAGCUAAGUCCUCCAGUUGCCGAUUCACUGACAGUAAACGCCACGAAAAGGACUUCCGGGGCUGUUUUGGGUUGCGUGAAAUUCGCUCCGGAGACAUCUGUAAUGCCUGUGUCCAGAUUCUGAAAAAAUGGAGGAAGUUGCCAGAAGGAUCAAACAGAAAUUGGAAUCAUGUGGUAGAUGCAAGGGCAGGACUGAAGACUACAUUCGAACCAAGGAGAAUAGAAACUCCGUCUGGAAACAGGAUAAAAAGUAGGCGCAUGGCUAAACUGCGGAAGGGGCGUCAUUCUACCACCUCAGCCCAAUCUACUCGUUACAGUAACCCGUCAGGUGACGGUGCAGAUAGCGAGAUGGCUUCCGGUUGUGAGAGAACACCAGCUUUUUCCUUUAUAGAUCCCACAUACUGGAAAAGACAGAAGAUAUGUUGUGGGAUUAUCUAUGAAGGCCGUUUUGGGGAAGUCCUCAUCGACACCCAUCUCUUCAAGCCUUGCAGUGGCAACAAGAAAGCCGCUGCUGAGACGCCAGAGGAGCAGGGCCCAGAGGCUCUGCCUGUCUCCACUCAGGAGUGA